UUCAUUGGAAGAAUCACCUUCUUACGUAAUCAAACUACUGCUCCCCUGCCGUUAAGCACACCCCCGCUCUCCCUAAUAUACUCCACUUUUUUUUUAUUUAUUUAUUAUUUUUUUAAUACAUAUUUACUUUACACUCUCUACUGUAUCUUCUCAUUACUUUCUCCCCACCUAAUUAUUACUCUAAUACUACCAAUUAACCCUAUUUUUAAUUAAACUCCUUUUGUCCUUAAUAAUCUUUCUAUUAACCCUAAACACGUAAUUUAAAGAACUUAUAAGAUAUAGUAAGAAUGUUAAAGGGUAGAAAUGACUGAUACAAGUGUAUAAUUAACCCUAUUUUUACAUUCUAAUUCUAAAUAGGUACAGUCAUCCAGAGUAUACAAGAAGAUUAAUUGUAAACGGAAGAAUAUUAAUAAAUAAAUCUCACCCGUCACCACCAAAAAAAUAAAAAGAACAACAAUAAAAAAAAAAACUUUGAUUUACAAUAUUAAAACAAGUCUACAUCUUCUUCAUUUUACCUCCGAAUUUAUAUUUUAAGAAGUCAGUCGUUUCUUUCAAUAACAACACUGUUGCAUGCUUCCACCUUACAUACAUAGAAGAGAGAGAUUCAGAUACUAGAUUACCCUCUCUAGAUCUGCGCAUUCCUACGAUCUCUCACUCAGUUUCUCUCCCGAGUCAACCUCGGAAUGCGAUUCUGCUACUCCUCUAUUUAGUAUCGUUUUCCGGCAAUGCUCGCCGGAGCUCCGUUAAUUUUCCGGCUGAGCUCCGGUUAUACCAACCGUAAAAAUUAGAUAUGUUUAAGUGGAGGAGUGAGAGAACUAAAAUCACUGCUAUUUUCAAAUUGCAGUUUCAUGCUACUCAGAUAUUUGAGUACGGCGGAAAUGGGUUGGUGGUGUCGGUAGUUCCGGCGGAGAACGGGAAACCGACGGCGAGGUUGGAGAAAUCGACGGUGAGGGAAAAUGGUUGUUAUUGGGAGAAUCAAGUUUACGAAACAGUGAAAUUGAUUCAAGAUCCUAAAACUGGAAAGAUUCAAGAGAGAAUCUACUACUUUCUCAUCUCAACUGGAUCACCAAAGAGUAGUUUAGUGGGAGAGUUUUCUGUAAAUAUAGCGGAUUAUGUUGGAGCAACAAAAGCUUGUUCAGUUUCAUUUCCAUUUAAGAACUCGAAUUCGGAUUCUUAUUUGCAUGUUUCAAUUCAAAGGGUACAGGAGAAUAGUAAUCAUGGAAGAGUUCAAAGAGAUCUUGAAGAGAAUGAUGGUUUAAGAGUAAAGGAGGACGAGGAUAAGAGCUUGAGACGACAUUUUAGCAAUGGCGAUGCAGAGCAAGCUACCAUGUCGAAUCCUAUUGAAGAUCUACCCUUGAGAAAGACGGUGUCACAUACAGUGGGGUUGAAUGGCACUCGUAGAGGGUCCAAUGGUUCGGACAUCACAUUGUCGAGCUCUGAUAGCAGCUCAGGAUUAAAUACUCCGCGAGAAGUUGGAGUAAGAAAUAUUAAUACUGUCAAAGAUCAGACCUCAAACAGCUCAGGUUAUCAAGAUGAGCACAAAACACAGUGGGAUCUGGCCAUUGUUCCUGUCAAUGACUCAAGCACCGAGUAUUCGAUGAACAGCCCUAGAGAUUUCUUUCCCAGUUUAAGAUCUCCCAUGGGUUUGGAUGAUUCUUCUGACAUGCUCAAAGCUGACCUUGUUGCUUUAUCUAGGAGGGCAGAAGUGUCUGAGUUAGAGUUACAAACUCUGCGAAAGCAAAUUGUGAAGGAGAGCAAAAAGGGACAGGACAUGUUGAGAGAAAUCACCAGCUUGAAAAAGGAGAAAAAUGCACUUAAGGAUGAAUAUGAAAAGCUCAAAUCCUCUCCUAAACGUUCUGAUGAUCUGAAUGUCAAAAGCAAGUUUCAGUUUCAGGGGGAUCCAUGGACUCUUGUCGAGUUAAUCAGGGAAGAGCUCAGUUACGAGAAGGAUAUGAAUGCCAAUCUUCGGAUCCAACUGCAGAAGACACAGGACUCAAAUAAUGAGCUGAUGCUUGCCGUGCAAGAUUUAGAGGAGAUGUUGGAGAAGAAUGAGAAAGGAGUUUCCCAUUUACCAAACAGAUCCACAUCUGGAGAAAGUGCGGUAGAGAUUGAAGAAAGUAUCCAGAAGAGUCAGAGUGACGAUGAUGAAGCGCAAAAGGCUCUAGAAGACCUUGUAAGACAGCAUAGUGAUGCACAAGGGACAUAUUUACUUGAACAAAAGGUGAUGGACCUAUGUAGUGAAAUAGAAAUGUAUAGGCGAGAUAAAGAUGAGUUAGAGAUGCAGAUGGAGCAGCUAGCCCUAGAUUAUGAGAUAUUGAAGCAAGAGAACCAUGAAUAUUCUACUAGAUUGGAACAAAGUCAUCUCCAAGAUCAGCUGAAGAUGCAAUGUGAUGGCACAAGUUCUUAUACUGCAGCGAGAGAGCUUGAAGCUCAGAUACAGAAGCUUGAAGAUGAACUUCAUGAAAACUCUGAAGAACUAUCACAUUGUUUGGCUGAAAUAAAGGAUCUUGAAGCUCGUAAUACAAGCCUCGAGAAAAAGCUACAGAAACAAGCGGAAGAAUAUGAAGCUGAGAUAAAAGAUAUCACACAUUCCCAGAUGGAACAGCAGCAGAGAGCUGCUCGAGCAGAAGCUGAUCUUAAUGAGUCUGGUGCUAUUAUAAACGAGCUUGAAACUGUGAUAGAGAAUUUGAAGAAAGAACGUAAGAGGCAUUUAGAAGACUUGUCAAGCUCUUCGGCUUCCAUAGAAGAGCUUGAAGCUCAUAACUAUAAUCUGGAGGUAGAACUAGAGAAACAAGCACAAAGAUAUGAAGCUGAUAUAGAAGCUCUUGUUCAUGCGAAAACAGAACAGGAGCAGAGAGCAUUGAAAGCUGAAGAAAGUGCUGCCAAGUCUAGUGCUACCGUGAAUGAACUUGAAGCCCACAUUAAGAAGCUGGAGAAUGAGCUCAAAAGGCAUUCUGAAGUGUCUUCUGGUAAUUUGGCUUCAGUGAAGGAACUUGAAGCUCAUAUCCAAAAUCUUGAAGAGGAGAUAGAGAAACAGGCGGAAGGAUUUGAAGCUGAUCUGGAGUCUGUUACACGUGCCAAAGUGGAACAGGAGCAGCGAGCAAUCCGAGCAGAAGAAGCCCUGAGAUUGAUGAGGUGGAAAAAUGCUAAUACAGCUGCAAGAAUUCAAGAUGAAUUCAAAAGAUUGUCGUCACAAAUGCAGUCGUCAUUUGAUGCUAAUGAGAAGGUUGCUAGCAAAGCAUUGACUGAAGCUACUGAAUUACGACAGCAGAAUCGCUAUCUUCAGGAUAUGCUUCAGAAGGCUCAUGAAGAGCUUGAGUCAUCGAAAGAUGAAUAUGAAACAAAACUGCAUGAACUGUACGGUCAAAUCAAAAUGAAGUCAACUCAGGUAGAGCAGAUGGAGGUUGAAAUUGAAGAGAAGUCCAAGCAGGUGGAAAUCCGGAAAAAACAAAGUGAUGAACUCCAAAGAAGUGUUUCAUCUGAGAAGUUGGAUCACACUUCUGAGUUAGAGAGACUAACAUCUGAAAACAAGUCACUGGCUGAACAGAUUAAAGAACUGUCCAAAGAAAGAGAUCUGCUGGUUCAGAAGGAGAAUACUGCACGCGACAAUUCAGUGAAGGAGGUGGCUGGAAAGUCACUUGAGGAAUUGAUUGUGUUGAGAAAUCUCAAGAAUGAGAAAGAGCAGGCAAUUACAAGUCUGAAAUUUGAAGUGGAAGAACUAAAAGCUCAAUGUGGCAACUUGCAGCAUUCUUUAUAUGAGGACGAGUUGGAGAAAGAGAAAUUAAGGAAGCAAGUGUUUCAACUCAAAGCUGAUCUAAAGAAGAAGGAUGAAGCAAUUUUGAGUAUUGAGAAGAAGUUUCAUGAGAAUGGGCGAGCCAUAGCUCAAGAUAAACCGAGAGGUACUUCCAAAAAUACGAAAUCAGAACGUAAUCUUAAAGAGGUUGGUUCUAAAGAAGUAAUCACUUUGAAGGAGAGAAUAAAAUUACUCGAGGGGCACAUUAAGUCGAAGGAUGCUGCCUUAGAGACCUCUACAAAUGCUUUCCUGACUAAGGAGAAGAGCCUUCAGAAGAAAAUCGAGGAAAUGGAAUUCCGAUUGAGUGAAAUCAGUCAGAGUAAUCAAGGUGUCGUCCAUGAUGAAGUUAAACAGGUUUCUGUCGGGCCACAAGUAGUCUGUCAUUCUGAAGAAGUCACUUUAGGAAAUAUGCCUGAAGAAGCAAGCAUCUCAUCAAAUGAAACUUCCAACAAUAUGGAGCCAAACAGUGACAGUCAAAGAGAAUCUGAUGGCCAACAAAAACCAUCCGACAUUGAUUCUGGAGACCAGCAGAAGAUUGAUCUAUUGUUGAAAGAGAUGAUUCUGUUAAAGGAACAGAACAAAUCCAUGGAAAUUGAACUAAAUGAAAUGCAAGAAAGGUACUCUGAAAUAAGUCUCAAAUUCGCCGAGGUAGAAGGUGAAAGGCAACAACUUAUCAUGAGAGUGCGAAACCUUAAGAAUGCUAAGAAGGGCUGAGAACCCGAUUUGAGUCACAUUCUGCAGAGUUUAAGUAAUAACUAAAGGCAUAUAGCUUAAUAGAAGUAUCCCAUAGUGAAAACCCAAAAACAAACUGUACUGACCUUGUUCUGGUGAAUAAGAUCAUAUGUAAAUGUGCUAAGUUCAUAUAAUUUUUUUUUUCUUUUUUUCUCCCUCAUUCGGCUCCGGAAAUCUCCUCGAAUGAAUGUCAAAUAUUGAAGUUAGUGUUAUACUGUACUACAAAAUUGUUUGAAUAGGCAGAUUUUUUUUUUUUUCUUCAGUGUUUGUUACAGAGUAAUUUGUUAAUUUUUUAGAAAUCUGGAGAUGGGCAUAUUAUGUCGGACAUGAAUUCAUUUUAUCAAAGUAUAGUGUUCGUUGAUUUUGUUGGUUCAUA